UCGAAGGCACAAGCGGGAGAAAGUGUGAACCCUAGCCCCAAGCCCCGAUCCACAGCCCCCACGCCCCUCGCUCCUCCCUCCCUCAUCCGGCGCCGCGCUCCCUCCCACCUCCUCCUCCUCCUCCUUCUGCGCCCUAGGAGCCCACGCCGACGACUGCUGCUCCUCCACCACGUCGCCUCUUCCUCCUCCUCGCCGUCCCAUCGCUCGCGCGCAGGCCGUCGUGGCCACGCGCUUCGCGGGCGAACCCGAUCUCCACUGCCUGCUCUGGGUUCGCGCGGGACGGGCUCCCCCGCCUCCUCCUCCUCGCGGCGGUGGACGACGCCUAUGGAGUGAAGGAGGAUGCCCAAACCAUGGUCGAGCUGCUGUUGGCGGCCUGGAUGCAGGCGAUGGUGGCGGCCAGCGGGGGUCUGGCGGGCGUGGCGGCCGACCGGUCGGGCAGCGACCUUGAUGGAGGAGAGGGGAUCUGGCGGGCAUGGCGGCAGCUGGAAGGGCAGCAGCAGACUGAGGGGCGUCGACCGGUCCAGCAGCGACCUUGACGGAGGAGAAGGGCCAGGCAGGAUUCGUGCCCCUGCACCUUCAGGGAAAGAGCUUCUUCCUGGAUCACCAAACUGUAGCAGAUCAUGUGAUGUUAAGCAUGAGGAAACUGCGGAAGAGGAGAGUGAUGAUGACACAUGUGCUGACUUCUACUACUGCUACUCAAGGGCCGCGAACAGACUACUCGACGACGAAAAACAUGAAAUAAUCGGGCUGGCUUCAAUCCAACCGGGCAAUCCAGCAUUCAUGACGGUUCUGCUGAGGUCCCAUCUGCAACGCAAGGACAACUUUCUGGUCAUCCCCAGUGAAUUUGUAGAUGAACAUCUCCACAUGAGAUCACAUGAGGUUGUGCUGCUCAGGCCAAACAGAGAAGAGAGGUGGCAUGUCAGCUACUACCACCAGGGGAGCUCCAGCAGAGGCUUCAGGGGCCAACCCUGGGCUAAGUUCGUCAGCAACAACAAACUGCACAAGGGGGAUAUCUGCGUCUUCGAGCUGAUCAAAGGCGCGAGGAAUGAGAAGAAAGCCAGGACGACGAUGACCGUCCAUGUUGUUAGGAGGAAGAAGUCCGAAGGUCGGUUUGCCUUAGUGGGCUAUGUUCCUGCAGUGUGAGACGUGCACUGCAUAUUUUGGCAUGUUAUAUGCAGUGUAGAUAUGGGCAAGUGGCGGCAGCUGGAAGGGCAGCAGCAGCCUGUGGGGCGUUGACCGGUCCAUCAGCGACCUUGAUGGAGGAGAAGGGCCAGGCAGGAUUUGUGCCCCUGCACCUCCAGGAGUAUGCCAUUGGCACUUCCAACAUCUAGCAGUAAGAGAACUGGCCCCAAUUAGUACAUGGUUCGUAAUUUAUUCAGGUACUUCUAAGGUUCCUUGCUGCCCUAUCAUCUUCAUCUUGUUAUUUGGUUGCUGCUACGCGGACUGUGGUGAUUUACUACCUUCUGAUCUUCUCACUACUCAAUCAAGGUCCUUUCUGAAAAGCUUCCGGACGAUAUGAGCGCUAAAAAGCUCCAGCUUGUUGUUGACGCUGUUGGACUUGGAUACAGAUAUGUGAUUCUCAUGUGAUCCUUUUGCUGGAAGCUUGCUAAUCUUAGGGGUGCUGCUACUGGUGUAAAAAAUGUUUUAUCGAAAGAACUAAAGUAGUAGCUAAUCCAAGCAUUGAAGAAGUGACGGAGAGGCUACACUAUAUUGGCAUGAAGUCAGAGCAGCGCUUGAAGACUACACAAGAUAGUAUGGUAACCAACAGAGCCAUCUUUUGUUUCGUAUCAAGCGAUCCAGUAUCUUUGCCUUUUUGGCGUUGCUCUAAGCAAGAUAUGUAUAGCCUUUAGAUUUCCAUUUGUGUAUGAUACUGCAUGUACACUUUAGGCCUCAUUACUGUCAAGCUUGUGAUCA